GCGUCCGGAGAGCGCGGCGAGCAUCGCUGCCACCCAGCCCGGCGCCUCGCCUCGCAGACUUGGGGACCCCGGGCUUGGGGCGCGCUGCGGAGCCGGCACGGGUGCUGGGGGGACCCACGGAGCUACGAGGGAUGCGGACGCCGGUGGUGAUGACCCUGGGCAUGGUGCUCACGCCCUGCGGGUUGCUGCUCAAUCUCAUCAGCACGCUGGCCCCAGGCUGGCGGCUGAUGAAGGGCUUUCUGGACCAGCCGGUGGACGUGGUGCUGUACCAGGGCCUGUGGGACAUCUGCCGCGAACAGAGCAGCCGCGAGCGCGAGUGUGGCCAGCCCGACCAGUGGAGCUACUUCGAGACCCAGGUGGUGCAGGCGGCCCGGGGACUCAUGAUCACGUCGCUGGCUACCACCGCCCUGGGGCUGCUGCUGGCGUCGCUCGGCGUGCGCUGCUGGCAGGAUGAGCCCCACUUCGGGCUAGCCGGCCUCUCGGGCGUCGCGCUCUUCGUCGCCGGUCUCUUCAGCCUCAUCCCGGUCUCCUGGUACAACCACUUCUUGGCGGAUCGCUCCGUCCUGCCCGCCCCGAGCAACCCUGUCACAGUGCAGGUCAGCUACAGCCUGGUGCUGGGCUACCUAGGCAGCUGCCUGCUGCUGCUGGGCGGCUUCUCCCUGGCGCUCAGCUUUGCGCCUUGGUGCAAAGAACAUUGUCGCCGCUGCCGCAAGGCGCCCCCCUCAGGCCCGCGCCGCAGCAGCAUCAGCACCGUCUACGUAGACUGGCCGGAGCCCGCGCUCACACCGGCCAUCAAGUACUACAGCGACGGUCAGCAUCGGCCUCCUCCCACCGAGCACAGGGCCUCCGGCAAGCUCAAGGUCGGAUUCCCCAUGCCACGGCCGCCACCCAAGGCCUACACCAACCCCAUGGACGUGCUUGAGGGAGAGGAGAAGACAGCCACCUCCCAAGGCGGCUCCUCCACUCGCAGCACUCGGCCCUGCCACAGUUCGCUGCCCUGUGACUCUGACUUGUAGGUGCGGCUCACGCACAGUCUGUUUGAGCUCCGCCUGGGGUCUGAGGGUGUUUUGAACUUGUGUGUUACUUGGACAUCUGCCACCAGAACCCUGGACACUUUUCUUUAACGGGAGGGCAAGCCUUCCUUUCCUGGGACAAAAAUCUCCAGAUACUAGAUUGGGUUCAUUCAUCUUUUAAGGAGUUUCACUUUUGUCUCCAGAGCCACCAGGUCUUAUGCAGGGACAAUAGUAGGUGGCGUUUUUUUUUUGUUGUUGUUGUUUUUUUGUUUUUUUUGCAUAACUGCUAAUCUCAGUUGGCACCAAAAAACUGCAGUCAGCCAACCGGCUUAUAAAAGAGGCGCAACACCUUGAAAGUACAGUAUUCUAAGCUGCCCAGAGUCUUCACAAAGUCACUAUUGAGGUGUUUUGUUUUGUUUUUCUCCCUGCUUCAGUUUCCAGCAAACUUGAGUGGCCAAAAGUUUAAGUCCGGUUGUGUUUGAAGGAUGUGCCAUAAAGACAGCAGCUUUCAUGGCUCUGAGGAGGUGAAGUAACUUGUUCGCCUCAUAUUUAUAUUUCUUCUUGCAUACAUAAUAUUUAUCUUUCCUAAUUACUUACUACUGUGUAGGAAGCUGAGCUAAUUCAAGAGGCUGUCUUGCAGAAGCCAGGUGAAUGAAAGAGUUAACACAACACCAUCCCUUUCUCUAGAUACCUCACCCUGAACACAGAUAUAUUUUAUACAAAACGAACUGUUAAGUUGCAUUUGGCUAAAGUCCAUAUGUGCUUAUCUUAUUUAUAAAUAAAAAUCGCAAAUGCCAGUUUUGGUAUCGUUACAAAA